AUGUGCCACUUGCCGGUUGAGUUAGAGCACCGCGCCUAUUGGGCCGUGAAGGAGGUGAAUAAGAAUUUGCCCAAGUGUGAAGAGGAACGAAAAUUCCAACUUCAAGAAUUGGAGGAACUUCGUCUUGAAGCAUAUGAUGCAGCCAUGUGGUACAAAGAGCGCACCAAGAUGUGGCAUGACAAGAAUCUGAGUCGGAAUACAUUGAAGGUCGGGCAAAAGGUACUCUUGUUCCAAUCGAAGCUGCGUUUAAUGCCCGGCAAGUUGAAGACCAAAUGGGUUGGUCCGUUCGUGAUCCAGUCUGUUUGCCCAAACGGGGCAUUUGAGAUUCGCAGUUUAGACACGGCUAAGACAUUCACCGUGAAUGGACAACGUUUGAAGCCGUACUAUGAUGCCUCUUCUUUAGUUCCAGCGGAGUCUGUUUCGCUGUUUGUUCCGGGCAUCUUUUGA